AUGUGGUUGAGGACUUGCGCCUUGGCGAAUUUUCUGGGGCGAUGCGCGAAGCUCGCGUGGACCGUGUUCGUGCUGAUGGUGCGGAGACAAUGGGAGGCGAAGAGGAAUGCGCUCCCCGGCCCACCCGCACCGGUUUUGGGAGACGAUGACGAGGAGGGGGCUCCGGCGAAUGUCGCCGAACCGGAAGCAACGGUUCCACCGCCGCCGCCGCAGGGAACGGAGAACGUUCCAAACGCCGCGGGUGAAGCUGCAGGAACUGGGGUCGAGGUGGAACCGUCGCGCAUCGUCGCCGCGACGGUCUCCGGUUCCGCCCUUCUUCUCAGCCUCGUGCCGCCUCCCCCGUUGUCGGCUAGGAGCAUCAGCGCCCCCGCGCGGCUAGUCUCCACGCCCGUUGUUGUUGCCGCCGACAAUAUUAUCUCCGGAGAUGUCGGGCCCGCCGCCCUCGCGUCGGCUACGUCGAGGGUAAGGGCCAGUACAAUUGAGUAUCUCUAGUACGCCACCGCAUGCAUCAUCAUCGACAACGGCAAAGGCGGGGGACAGCAGUUCUGCUGCUACACCAUAUGGUGGAGGCUUUGCAAAGGAGGUACGGCGACAGAGAGACACCGCCGCCCAUUUCGUUGGGGCUGUUUUUUUGGCUCUUUUGGAGAUACCUCUUUUGUUUGGAAACAUGGCGACCACUUGGAUAGUUCACGUGGUCCUUGUAUGUUUCAACAUGGUGAUACAACAUGGUGAUAAAAUCAGAAAUGGUGGCGCCGUAAAGUCUGUACGCAACCACAGCAGCCAAGACCGCGACCGGUGUGGCGUAUUAGAUUGUCAUUUCGAACGUAAGAAUGCUGACUUAUGCCUGAGGGAGGAGGGUGUCGAGGAGUGGGGUGCUCGUUUUGCCACGUGCCGCCGGGGGGAUGGAUGCUGAUCAAUUUUUCGUUCGAGGCUAUCUUUCCGUUGUUGUUUUUUUCCGUGCUCGAUGAUGACGGACGUAACCCGCCGGAAGCAGCAGGCGACAGACGGGUCUGUCCGUGUGUUGAACACCACCACCUUAGGGGACACGUUCUGAAGAGAACACGUUGUAUGCGUACUGCAGUUAGGCACCCGUAGAGGAAUUGUAACCGUCCCCGUGUUGCUGAACCGUUGGCAUGCCAGGCUCGCAGAGUCACCCCCCCCCGCACAGAACUCCACCCUCCCCUGCCCCCGUUUACUGUAGGCCAGCCUACGACCGCAGUUCUUCAUCUUGUGUGGGAACACGCGUGACCCAUUGCGCGUUCCAACACUCGAAACUUUUCGAAUGUACGAUAGAGUGGCGGAUGUUGUGAAACGCGAUCGGGCUCUCCCCACAUUUUGUAGAUGGUCACUUGCCGAUGUCGUUGGUUCGUGUAUGUAGCUAUCUCCGUUGGUCUUAGCUCUUCGCACUAGGAAUAGUUGUGGAGAGUGAUCGCGUGCGAGAGGCACAUGUAGAAAAACAUAAAUUAAAAUUCUCUUUGUUUUUCGUUGUUUGUGUGGAAAUUCGCACUGCCUCUCAUACGGGAUGCUCUGCUUGUGCACACGUUCUGUUGGAUUUUUGGUUUUCUUUGUUCAGUUUUUGUAGAAAACAUUUUCGUGAGUAGCAUUAUUCUUUUUUUCCGGGAUGUCUUUGCCUCCUGUUUGGUCACAUCACAAAGUGGGUGUAGGUUACAACAGAGGCGUGGAAAUUUUUUGUUGUUGGUUUCUGCGGGGAUCUAGGUACUGCGAGGUCUUAUGUUGUGCAGAUAACUAUUUUGUCCGGACAGCGGGGACAAACUAAAGACGAGACCUCCAGCAGAGUACCUGUUAGAGAGAGGUCGAACUGAACAGAACAGUGGUGUUUACAGCUGAAGAAUGAAUACUUUUGAGCAACGAAAAAUAUCUGGUGGCUCUUCUUCAUUGGGUCUUCAUUUUCACUUGGUAUCGUGGAGGGUGUUGAAAGCCAUAUUUUGCAGUGACUGGGAGAGAAAACGUGCUACGUGUGUUUUACGAGCAGUAUUCGUUGGUUUCGGAGUCAAGCAAGUGGGCAGGGAGGCGGUGAUUUUUUGGCAAGUCGGCUCGUAUAUAGGCUCUCGUGU